AUGAGGGACAGGAUACUGGAAUCCCAGCACCUUGGCCUCGGCUUAGCCGCGGCUGCGGCAGCGGCGGCAGCGACCUACCUCCUCCUCACCUCCCACGCAACCUCUUCCGCGGCGGCCCCGCGCCCGGCCGUCGACCGCCGCAAGACGGCCCGGUCUCCGAAAUGGACCGUUCUGCCCACCCUCUCGACGCUCGGCCGCGACGAGCUGCCGUACCCGCCCGACGCGCUCCCCGGAGGACGGGACGUCGCGACGGCGUACGGGAACCUGCGGGUGUACGAGUUCGGGCCGGAGGAUGCGCAGGAGAGGGUGCUGCUGCUGCACGGCAUCGGGACGCCUUGUAUUGCGCUGGGGAGCGUGGCGGAGGAGUUUGUGGAGCGGGGGUGGAGGGUUAUGACUUUUGACUUCUUCGGCCGCGGCUACUCCGACGCGCCGCUGGACAUCCCCCACGACGCCCGCCUCUACACCACCCAAAUCCUCCUUGCCCUCGCCUCGUCCGCCCUCCCGGGCUGGACCGGCAACGACGCCUUCCACCUGCUAGGCUACUCCCUCGGCGGCGCCAUCGCAGCCGCCUUCGCCUCGUCGCACCCGCACCUCGUCAGGUCCCUCACCCUCGUCGCGCCGGGCGGGCUCGUCCGCUCCGCGGCGCACAUCGGGUGGAGGAGCCGCGUGCUGUACACCUCGGAGUGGAUCCCCGAGGGCGUGCGGCGGUGGUUCGUCGGGCGGAGGAUCAGGCCCACCGAUCCCAAGAGCGCGGGCGACGUCCCCGAGAAGGAGACCGUCGACGACAACGGCGGCGGCGAGGGCGAAACGGCGGAGUGGGACGAGCUGCGGCUCGUGGGCGGCAGGCGGAUCGGCGAGGUGGUGAGGUGGCAGAUGCAGACGCAUCCGGGGUACGUGCGGAGCUACAUGAGCACGAUCCGGCACGCGCCGGUCUACGACCGCGGGGACGAGGAGUGGAGGGUCCUCGGGGAGGUGCUGGCGGCGAGGAGGACGGGCGCGGCGCCCGGGUUGAGGAAGGGGCGGGUGCUGUUUGUGCUGGGGGAGCGGGACGAUAUCGUGGUCUUGGGGGAGACGGUGUGGGAUGCGGAGGCCGUGCUCGGGGAGGAUGCCGUCGAGGUGGUGGUGUUGAAGGGCGGGCACGAGGUUGCCAUCACGAAGGGGAGGGAGAUUGUCGGGGCUGUUGUUUCUGCAUGGGAGAAAAGCGGUUAG